ACAUAAUGAUACUCAAUUAAUUAAUUAAAGUACUGGUGUUAAAUUGACCUAUCGCAUUAAAAUGCAAUACCUAUAUUUGCUCGUGUGAUAUUCUUCGAAUGGUUAUGUUUCACGACGUAUCACUAUUUUAUGAUUAAGAUUGGUGACCAAAAUAUUUUUAUACAACACCGUAGUAUAAAACCGACUACCCAAAGCAUUAUUUAAUAUGGAUGAUGAGCAAUGCGCGAAAAGACCAAAAUUAGAAAACGCAUCGAGUAUAAAAGAAGGCGAGGCUGAGAUUUUAGUAAAAAAUACAAAUGUAUUUUAUAACCCCGUUCAAGAGUUUAACAGAGAUCUCAGUGCGGCGGUAUUGAUGAUUUAUGCCGAUGCUAGAAACAAAGAAGUAUCAAAAAAAGGUGUACAAAAAGGUAAAAUAACCAUAUUGGAAGCGUUUUCUGCGACUGGUUUACGCAGUAUACGGUAUGCUAAGGAGGUACAAGGCAUAAAGCAAAUCGUAGCUAACGAUAUUUCUGCAAAAGCAGUAGAGACUAUUAAAAAGAAUAUACAAUACAACGGCGUUGAAAAUCUUGUAACCCCGAGUCACGAGGAUGCGACAUUAUUAAUGUACCAAAACAGAAAAGAACAUUUUGACGUCAUUGAUUUGGAUCCAUACGGUUGCCCGACAGUAUUCUUAGACGGAGCGGUGCAAUGUGUGUCGGACGGUGGUCUGCUUAUGGUUACAGCUACAGACAUGGCUGUAUUGGCUGGUAAUUUUCCUGAAACUUGUUACCUAAAAUAUGGAGCUAUUUCUUUAAAAUCCAAGGCUUGUCACGAAAUAGCGUUAAGAAUUUUGUUACAAAAUAUUGCUUCCCAUGCAGCCUGUUAUGGUAGAUACAUAGUACCAUUGCUUUCUAUAAGCGCUGAUUUUUAUAUUAGGGUAUUCGUUAAAGUAAUUUCCAGCCAAAUUAAAUGCAAAGACAAUGCGACUAAAAUAGGAAUGAUAUAUCAAUGCACCGGUUGCGAAAGUAUUAAUAUCCAACCGUUUUGUUACAAGAAACCCACCGGACAAUAUAAAGUAUUGGCUUCGCCUUGCGUGAAUCAACUUUGUAAAAUUUGUCAACACAAACAACACGCCGGAGGACCUAUAUGGUUAGAUACAUUGCACGAUCAACAAUUUGUCUCUGAACUUUUAUGUAAUUUACGUAACAUGAAAUUGGGAACCUCGAAGAGGAUAGAGGGAGUAUUAAACGUUGUUCACGAGGAGUUAGAUAUACCGCUAUACUAUACUCUGGAUCGUUUAAUGUCUAUAGUCAGGUGUCAUACACCAUCGAUGUUAAUGUUUAGAUCUGCAUUGUUGAACGCAGGAUACAAUGUAUCGUAUUCGCAUGCAAAUAAAAUAUCUAUAAAAACGGAUGCGCCAAACGAAGUUAUAUGGGACAUUGUACGCACGUGGGAGAAAGAUCAUCCGAUAAAACGUGAUAAGUUGCAAAACAACAGUCCUGCGAUGAACAUAUUAAACGCAUCGAUAACUACGAACAUUUCAUUCGACAUACAUCCUUUAGCCAAUCCAGCUUCCAGGCAGAAACAUCUGACACGGUUUCAACACAAUCCUACUACAAACUGGGGGCCUGGUACACGUGCCAAAACAAUAAUCGAUUUAGAAACCGGAGCAAAAGAUUCCAAGAAGAUAAAAAAUCAGAAUAAACACUUUAAAAAGGAGAAGGAUCAAAUGACUGAGAAUAACGAAGAUGCAAAGCCCGUUUCGAACAUCGAGUCUGCGUGAAUAAAACGAUGACGAUUUAGACAAACGUGAAAUAUUCGUACGAAAGUAUUUGUAAAAGAUACAAAUCCAUCUAUCUUCCUUAUCGCCGACUGUAAAAUUCCGAUUUAUACAAAAUAUAUGUAACACGAACACUUUCUGUAAUAUUUAUGUUAUUGUAAAUAUGAAUAUACAUUCAUAAUUUGAAACUGUA